AUGGACGACCCGAUACCAGCUGAUAAUACAACAUCAGAUCCCCAAAUGAACGACCAGCAUGUGGCUAUGAUGGAGGAAUGCACGAAUGCAGUGAAUCAGGAAGGGGAACAGCAAGAACAGCAGCAGCAACAGGCGUACAUGGUCUAUAACCACAAUGUCAAAGACGAAUCGUGUCGACUGGUUGCUACAACAGGUGCACAUUACAACACAACGGUUCAUAUAAUAUUGGCAACGGAAGCUUCUAUUCUCCAGCAUCCACUAAAAGAAACACGACCGUAUAACGACAACGACUACUUUAAGAACGUAAAGUGGUCACCUGAUGGCACGUGUCUUUUAUCCAAUUCGAACGACAACACAUUACGUCUUUUCAAUACUCCAUAUGACCUUUUCGACCAUACACAACAACCACAGCAGCAAAUUGAUCUACGUACUGGAUUUGGUAUCCAUGAAGGCGAAGCAAUCAAUGACUUUGCAUGGUUCCCAUCCAUGAAUAGCCAAGAUCCCGCUACUUGUUGCUUUUUGACCUCUGUUCGUGAUCACCCGAUGCAUUUAUGGGAUGGAUGUACUGGUCAGCUUAGGGCUAGCUAUAGUGUGGUUGAUCAUCGCGAACGCUUUGUGGGUCCCAAUGUCAUUUCUUUCAAUCCAAGUGGAACACACAUUUAUUGCGGAUACGAGAACAUGAUUGAGAUAUUUGAUGUCCAACGUCCAGGCCAAGGAUCCAAGAUACCAACCAUCCCAAACCGUAAAAGCAAGCAAGGUCAAAAAGGGAUCAUUUCGUGCUUGGAUUUCAGUGUGGAUGGCCUGUAUGCUGCAGGAUCCUAUAGCCAAUCGGUGGGCAUUUACGACGAGACGAAUCACGAACUCUGCUUGAAAUUAACAGGCAUUCAAGGUGGAGUUACGCAGGUGCGUUUCACUCCCGAUGGCAAUUUCCUCUAUACAGCAUCGCGUACAUCCAAUGCCAUUUCAUGUUGGGAUAUCCGAGACACCGCCAAUGUGUUGUAUGAACUACCCAGGCCGGGCAAAACGAGUCAAAGAAUCACUUUUGAUAUUGAUACGAAUGGCAAAACGUUGGUCACAGGUGAUCAGUACGGAAAUGUUUUGUUUUAUGAUAUCAGCAAUCCCAAAGGUGAAGAGCAACCUGAGGAUCGACUUUUGCACAGGAUGGAAGGGCAUCGAGACAUCACAUCGUGUGCAACAUGGAAUCCAAUGUACCCCUGGCUCCUUGCCACGUGCUCUGGUCAACGCAAAUUCGACUUGGAUGAUAGUGAUAGUGAUGAUGACGAUGAUGACGACAAUGAUAGACAGGAACAAGUUAUUGAUAAUUCUCUCAGUAUCUGGCAGGUACCAGGCACACCCGAAUGGUACUCUUUUGAAGCAUCAUCAUCAUAA